AUGCGACCGCCACGCUUAUUAUCUCUCGUUUUCUGCAUCAUCUUCUUCCCUAUCUUCUUUACGUUGUUUUCGGCUCUUUCGUCAUCGCCUCAUGUAGCCACUCCCAGUUCGCUCGCUGGACAGACGACCGGGUUCCGCGCUCUCUUUUCCUUCAACAUCCCUUCUUCGCUUUUCCCUCCUUCCGCCAUCAUCAGCCUUACCGAUGAUAACUCUACCUUCUUUCUAGCCAGACCUGCCGCGUUUGGCCCGUUACUCUCCGAAAAGGGACUCAGUGGCCCUCUCUGGGUGGGAAGCGGCUUCGGGGAGAAGACGUACGGCGGAGUGGAAGGAGAACUCGGCUGCUCCGAUAUUCCAGGAUGGGAGGAAGGUGACGGCCUUGGUCGACCGGAUCAGUCAACCGUCACGACGGCCAAGACCCCUGCAUCUGGUAUCAAGGAGGAUCUUGAAGCCUCUCUCGGCCAGGGUCGAGCGGACUCGCCGGUCGAGUCCGAUUCUCAACAUUCCGCAGCCGCCGGAGUCCCUCCACCUUCCACGAACGACGGUACCGACGACCAUCUGCACCAUCCUUUACCCGAUUCAGACGUGGUAACCCCAGCUCAGACGGAAAAGCCUGGCGAGCACCGCCAAAACAAGCCAGCUGCCCAUGCAGAUAUACAAUCCUUACAGGAAAGUGCGGAGAUCAGCGGCAAGGUUGUGUUGCUGAGCAGGGGCGGCUGUGGCUUUCUUGAGAAGGUCAAGUGGGCCCAGCGGCGUGGCGCGAUUGCUGUCGUCGUUGGGGAUGAUACUCGAGGAGGAAGCCUGGUGACUAUGUAUGCGCGGGGGGAUACCUCCAACGUGACCAUACCUGCCGUAUUUACUUCCUACACAACAGCACACUUGCUGUCCUCUCUUGUACCUCCGCAGGCCGGAGCAGAUUUGGGCCUGGAAGACGGUUCCGGCUCUUCCCGCGCGAUACUCUCCAGCAGCUCUGGCAAGCAGCGCGUGGGCCCUACGACCACUACAUUAGUGACAUCGUCUCCUACGUCCACGCCUCACAGCACGAUUGACCAUCCGCUGCAGCCUUCUCCAAAGCCUAAAGCCGGCGUGUUUCACGGCCUGCUGUCACUUCUGGGAUUAGGGUCUAGUAACAAACGUCCAAAUCAACGUCCUCCCAGUAGCGGAAAUAUCGAUCGGGUUCAUCGACAACCGCAGGGCUCGGACUCUGACUCUGACCGGGCGACAUCCAACCGCGUUUCUAAUGAUCGCCUAGUGUCUGAACCUGCUUCGGGCGCUAUUGAUGGUGACGGGUUCAUGAUUGGUGUACAGGAUUGGAGAGAUCCGGAUCUCUUACCUCCAAAAAGCAGUCCGUCUCCGGCAGCGAGCCGCGCCGCAAGCUCGACCCACACAAACUCCCGCAACAGUGGAAAAGGCUCGGAACAGGCAUCCUCUUUGCUCAAAGGUGGUAGCAUUACUCCCGGGAGUGGCGAAUAUCGGAGUGUCGCACACUCCGGCGAAGUCAAGAAAGAUUCCGUCUCGUCGAAGGGUGCGUUUCAGGAAUCUUCUCCUGGACAUUCUUCUUCCGAUAAGGGAUGGUUCUCGAAACACUUUCUCCGCUCUAGGAGUGACAGCACAAACUCUGCUCACUCGUCUCCUUCUUCGGGUGGUUUGGCGGGCAAACAAAUGCACGAGGUGGACAGCCAGCUCGCCAAAACAACUGAACACCAGGGUCUGUGGGUUACUUUGACACCAACCAGCAUGUCAACCAGCCCGUUUUUCGAUACACUGCUCGUCCUUGUUGUCAGCCCCCUGCUGACGUUGACCGUUGUGUACGCUCUCCUACUGAUUCGGUCGCGCAUUCGACGGAGACGCUGGCGAGCUCCGAAGUCUAUUGUGGAUCGCCUUCCAGUGAGAACCUAUCACACCAUUUCCACCUCGUCAUCUGCGGCGAGCAUGUCCCGAUCGCCCAGUCCAGGACCUGUCUCACCCACGUCCCCGCUGCUCGGCUCUCGCAGGCACUCUGGCUAUGAAAGAUCGCGGUCACGUCCACCUCUGAUGCGUGAGACGACGGCCGGGUCUAAGAAAAUGUCAAAGGCAGAAUCGUCGAGAGGCGAGAAGUCUGGUCCUUCCUCAUCGCUAUGGCGCCGCAAAUAUACCGGUCGGCAGGUAGAAUGUGUCGUGUGCCUGGAAGAGUAUGUUGAUGGGCAAAGUAAAGUGAUGAGCCUACCUUGCGGGCACGAGUUUCAUGCAGAAUGCAUUACUCCCUGGCUCACCACUCGCCGGCGUACAUGUCCGAUCUGUAAAGGAGACGUGGUUCGAUCGAUGGUUCAGAGCGCAGAUGUCGAGCCACGCGAGUCCUUUCAACGUGCAAUCGAUGUGGAACAUGGCCCUUCAGAUGAUCAUCAAAGCGCUUCAUCCGCCCCAGUGCCGAUCGCUAGUGUGAGCGAGGAUGAGACAUCGGAUUUUGAGCAUCAUCCCCGGAGCUCGGAGGCGCGACAUCGGGAAGGACAUGUUUCCUCUGCUCCGCAAUCUAGCUGGAGAAAUAUGGCAGCGCUCAGUUUCUCUGCUUUGAGUGGUGACACCAUCUGGCAUCAAAGCCGGGCAGAUAACGCGCGAUAG